GAGACGGAAAGGGGGGAACCUGAGCGAGGUACCGCAGGCGGGGGGAGAUAAGUUUUUUCGCUUUUAGCGGAUUCUCGUGCUGUUGAGCUUGUUUACCUUGCUGUCCUGUUUCUUGCAGUCGAAAUAAUAAUUUAAUUUACCACCAAUCGGGAAACCUCGUUGGGUAAAGAUUAGCCUGCAAGCUUUCUAAUCCGAAAGAAAUAGCCAGGGGAUACGGCGUGGAGUUUUCACACUUCGAAGCCUUGUGGUGGAAGCAGCGGCUUUUAUUUGUUUUGUUUAAAGUGUCUCGCGUUUCCUUUCUUGGCUGUUUUUUUCUUCUUCCACAAAUCACUUUGGAACAGUAGCGAAAGAGUUCAAAGGAAGGUUGAUACGCCGAAAAGGAAAGGCAAUCAGCACGAUUUUUUUCAAAGCGAUUCUUGAGGAGUUCCUGGGAUGUGUUUAUUUUUCUACUGGACGUUUUAACAAAACGAUCUUCCUGUAAUACAGGAAAGAAGUGGAAUACUUGGCAGUGUAUAAAACGCAGCGACCUGUGGAAUAAAACGUGCAAGCCUGUUGGAUAGCUGAAGCGCUAUCUUCGUCUAAGGUCGACAGAAGUUCGAAGAACCCUGAUUUAUAACUAGAAGAACCAAUAUUUCAAAAUUCGCAGUUGUCUGCAAGAAAUUAACGAACAUCGUUCUCUAUCGAUAAUAGGCCUAUAUACCCUGAUUGUUGAGCGAAAAACAAUUAUUAUUACUACAAGAAUCUUCAAAUCGGUUACUAACUAAUCAGGGUAUAAGCAGUUAUUACCCCUUCGGGUACCUCCUCGCUAGCCAGCGGUGUGGGAUUUCUUUUUCUCGACUCAAGAAGGAUUUUGUCAAACUUUUAACAGAUGAAAGUGGAGGACAAUCCUAUCUAAGAGCAUUGAAGAUGAAACUUUUUAGUCGCUUAAAUGUUGCUAGAACCCAAGAUCACAUUAUUUAGUAGUGAAUAUUGCAGGGCGGAACAAUAAUAAAUAUUUAAUCGGACAUUGUAAAUUUUGAAACACAACCACGUUGGACCCCCGGCCCCUUUUUUGGGGGGGCCGACUGAUGUUGUAUUUUUUCUGACUGGAUAUUAUUUGAAUGAAUUAGAUUCAUAGAUUAGUCCAAAUACAUUGGAAUCGAAUUUUUGGUUGCUAUUUAUAAGCUCCCUCCACGUUUUUGGAUAUAUCUAGCAACAUUACUGGAGUCAGAAUGCGGCUGAAGACCUCGGCGGUUGUUUUGGUCACUUUUAUCUUCGCUGUAUGCAAUUGCGGGCAAACAAAUGGAGAAAUUUGCCCGAGCAAGGACAUCCGGAACAACGUGACCAACCUGCAGUCCCUGGAGAACUGCACGGUGAUCGAGGGCCACCUGAAGAUCCUGCUCAUGUUCAAGACCAAGCCGGAGGACUUCCGCGACCUGAGCUUCCCGCGCCUGACUGUGGUCACCGACUACCUCCUGCUGUUCCGCGUCUACGGCCUGGAGAGUCUCCGCGACCUCUUCCCCAACCUGACCGUCAUCCGGGGCAACAACCUCUUCUUCAACUACGCCCUGGUGGUGUUCGAGAUGCUCCAGCUGAAGGACAUCGGCCUGCACAGCCUGAUGAACAUCACCCGCGGGGCCGUGCGCAUCGAGAAGAACCCCGACCUCUGCUACCUGUCCACCCUCGACUGGUCCAAGGUCCUGGACUCGGUGGAGGACAACUACAUCGUCUCCAACAAGAACGACCGCGAGUGCGGGGACGUCUGCCCCGGCACGGCCAAGGGCAAGACCACCUGCAACCAGACCACCAUCAACGGCCACUUCAGCGAGCGCUGCUGGACCCAGGACCACUGCCAGAGAAUGUGCCAGUCCACAUGCAAACACCGCGCCUGCACCAAGGACAACCGCUGCUGCCACGACCAGUGCCUGGGCGGCUGCACGGAGCCCUCCUCCCCCGGGGGGUGCGUGGCCUGCCGCAACCUGAUGCACCGGGGCGCGUGCGUGGAGAAGUGCCCGGCCGGUCACUACACCUUCAAGGGCUGGCGCUGCGUCAACUUCACCUUCUGCCAGCAGCUGCACAACCAGUGCAAGCAGAGCAAGGCCAGCGACUGCCAGGAGUACGUCAUCCACAACGGCGCCUGCAUCCCAGAAUGCCCCUCCGGAUACACCACCAUGAACUCCACCACGCUGAACUGCACGCCCUGCGCAGGCCUCUGCCCGAAGGUGUGCAUGGGGCUGAAGCUGGUGGACUCUGUGACCGCCGCCCAGGCCCUGCGCGGCUGCACCGUGCUCAACGGCAGCAUGGUCAUCAACAUCCGCGGCGGGAAUAACAUUGCGGCUGAGCUGGAGGCGAACCUUGGCCAGCUGGAGGACAUCACGGGCUACCUCAUGGUUCGACGGUCCUACGCCCUGGUGUCUCUGUCCUUCCUCCGUAAGCUCAAGCUCAUCCGCGGAGAGGCGCAGGAAGUUGGGAACUACUCGUUCUACGCCCUGGAUAACCAGAACCUGCGGCAGCUGUGGGACUGGAGCAAACACAAGCUGACCAUCCUGCAGGGCCGCAUGUUCUUCCACUACAACUCCAAGCUGUGCAUGUCCGAGAUCCGCAAGAUGGAGGAGGUGACCGGGACCAAAGACCUGCACACCAAGAAUGACAUCGCCGUCAAGACCAAUGGAGACCAGGCGUCCUGUGAAAAUGAAGUUCUGAAGUUCACACAGGUCCGAACGUUGUCUGACAAGAUCAUCAUAAAAUGGGAAGCCUUCUGGCCUCCUGAUUUCAGAGACUUGCUGGGAUUUAUGGUCCUUUACAAAGAAGCGCCCUACAAGAACGUGACCGAGUUCGACGGGCAGGACGCGUGCGGCUCCAACAGCUGGGUCAUAGCGGACGUGGACCUCCCUCCUCGCGCCACCGAGGGCAAAGAGCAGCAGGAGCCCGGGCACCUCAUCCACCCGCUCAAGCCCUGGACGCAGUACGCCAUCUUCGUGAAGACCCUGCUGUCGGCCUCCGACGAGCACCAGGUCCACGGGGCCAAGAGCGAGAUCAUCUACGUCCGCACCAACGCCACCAAGCCGUCUGUCCCGCUGGACCCCAUCUCCUCCUCCAACUCGUCCUCUCAGAUCAUCCUGAAGUGGAAGCCCCCGACUGACCCUAACGGGAACAUCACGCACUACCUGGUGUUCUGCCAGAAACAGCCGGAGGACAAUGACCUGUACAAGUUUGACUACUGUCAGAAAGGGAUGAAGCUGCCCUCACGCGCGCCCACGCACCUGGACAACGAGGAGGAGCAGAAGUGGAACCAGACGGACGAGCCAGGCCACGGCAGUCGCUGCUGCGCCUGUCCCAAAACCGAGACACAGCUGAAGAAGGAGGCCGAGGAGUCCGAGUACCGCAAGACCUUUGAGAACUACCUCCACAACGAGGUCUUCGAGAUCAGGCCCUCACGACGGCGGAGGUCGGCGGUGGGCGUGGCCAACGGGACGCUCCCGAACUUCCUGACCACGCCGCCCAGCGUGGCCGGCGCCUCCACCACCCGCGGCCCCAAGGAGGAGGAGGGCAGCAAGGUGCCGCUCACCGUCUACGCCAAGGAGUCCACCGUCAUCUCCAACCUCCGCCACUUCACCAGCUACCAGAUCGAGAUCCACGCCUGCAACCACCCCACCGACAACUCCCGCUGCAGCAUGGCGGCCUACGUCAGCGCCCGCACCAUGCCCGAGGACAAAGCUGAUAACAUUGUGGGCCCCAUCAAAGCGGAAAUGACUGACAACCCGGAUGUGGUGCACAUCAAGUGGAUGGAGCCCAAAGCCCCCAAUGGCAUGAUUAUCCUGUACGAGGUCAACUACAGGAGACUGGGAGACCAGUCAGAGGAGCAGCACCACUGCGUGUCCCGGAAGACCUACGAGACGAACGACGGCGGCUGCAAGCUGCGCGUGGUGCACUCUGGGAACUACACGGUGAAGAUCCGCGCCACGUCGCUGGCGGGCAACGGCUCCUGGACCGAGCCCACGCACUUCUACGUGCCCGACAGGGCAGACCCUGACGGCAUACUGAAGAUUGUGAUUGGCCCGGUCAUUUGCAUCAUCCUGCUCCUGAUCGUGGGAGGCGGCGUCUUCAUGGAGUUCAAAAAGAAGCAAACCGAGGGUCCCACCGGUCCGCUCUACGCCUCCUCCAACCCAGAGUAUCUCAGCGCCAACGACGUGUACGUGCCGGACGACUGGGAGGUGGCCCGCGAGAAGAUCGCGGUUCUGCGGGAGCUGGGCCAGGGCUCCUUCGGCAUGGUGUACGAGGGCGUGGCCAAGGAGAUCGUGAAGGGCGAGCCUGACACCCGCGUGGCGGUGAAGACGGUCAACGAGUCGGCGAGCCUGCGGGAGAGGAUCGAGUUCCUCAACGAGGCCUCCGUGAUGAAGGCCUUCAGCUGUCACCACGUGGUGCGUCUCCUGGGCGUGGUGUCGAAGGGCCAGCCCACGCUGGUGGUGAUGGAGCUCAUGACCCACGGGGACCUGAAGAGUUACCUCCGCUGCCUGAGGCCGGACUCUGAGAACAACCCCGGUCGCCCUCCGCCCUCGCUGAAGGAGAUGAUCCAGAUGGCGGCGGAGAUCGCCGACGGCAUGGCCUACCUCAACGCCAAGAAGUUCGUCCACCGGGACCUGGCUGCCAGGAACUGCAUGGUCGCCGAAGACUACACCGUAAAAAUCGGAGACUUCGGCAUGACCAGGGACAUCUACGAGACCGAUUACUACCGCAAGGGCGGGAAGGGGCUACUGCCCGUCAGGUGGAUGGCUCCGGAGUCUCUGAAAGACGGAGUCUUUACCGCUCACUCGGACUGCUGGUCGUUUGGGGUGGUUUUGUGGGAGAUCAGCACACUGGCAGAGCAGCCUUACCAAGGAAUGUCCAACGAGCAGGUCCUCAAGUUUGUCAUGGAUGGCGGGUACCUGGACCGGCCAGAUAACUGUGCUGAGAGAAUACACAGCCUGAUGCAGAUGUGCUGGCAGUACAACCCCAAGAUGAGGCCCACCUUCCACGAGAUCAUCGAGAUGAUGAAGGACGACCUUCACCCCUGCUUCCAGGACGUGUCCUUCUUCUACAGCGAGGAGAACAAGCCGCCGGAGACGGAGGAGUUCGACAUGGACCUGGAGAACAUGGAGAGCAUUCCCCUGGACCCCACGUCCUCCUCCCAGCGCGAGGGCAGCCUGCUGAGGGACAACGGGCCGUCCGUGGGCCUGCGGGGCAACUACGAGGAGCACGUGCUCUACACGCACAUGAACGGGGGCAAGAAGAACGGCAGGAUCCUGUCCUUACCCAGAUCCAGCCCCUCCUAACAUUUCCUCCUCUUCCUCCUCCUCCUCCUCUUCCUCUUUCCUUUCUCCCGUUUUGUAAUUAUAAUUUUAUUUUAUUAUUGUUCUCACAGAGGCCCUUCAACAACAGAUCUCAGGACUUUUUUUUUUUCUUUUUCUUUUUCCUCCCGUUUUCCUUCUCCUUCACAGCUGCCACAGCGCGAUGACACGGGAUGCAAGACUUUUUGUAUUCGUUUGAAAAAAAAAAAAAAUGAGAGAAAAAAAAGAAAGAGCGCAUUCGUCGUGUCAUCCGGAUAGUCCACUUCUCCUCUGUCUCUAUUUUAUUUUUUUAAACAAUUGCCAAGUUUCCAAGACUGGUCAAUGGAAAAAAAUAAUAAUAAUUAAAAAAAUGUAAAAAAAAAAAAAAAAAAACUGUGAACACAAAUCGUCAACAACCAGAAGGCUGCUUGUCCUCCACCUCCUCAGAGCGUCUCGUCUCCACGGCGACGCCUCUGUCCGUGUUUAUAAACGACCUUUUUUUCCCGAGAAAGUGGCCUUUUUUUAUCUGUGGCCUAUACACGAGAGAAGUGUAAAUGCUUCAUUUCCUCUGAACAAUGAAAUAACUGUUUGUAACAGUGGGAUGACAUGAACUCUCUCUCAGUACAAACGUCUAUAUCCGUAGAGGAAACAUUUUUCUGUUUCUUUUUUUUUUUUGUUCUGCGGAAUUCCAAACUUCAUACAUAUUCAGUAGAUGUUUGGUUAUUAGUUUUAAUUUAUUUGUGUUAUUUUCUUUUCUUUUUUUCUUUCUUUCAGUUAUAUGUCUGUUCUCACAUCACGGCUGAAGGAUAUUUAAACAGUUUUAAAAAAUUGGACAAAAGAGUUCCUCAGAUUGACCAAUAGCUGCUGCUUUGAUAUAUAUUUUAGUGGGUAUAGAAUAUUGCAUAUAUAUACAUAUAUAUGUAUGUAUAUGUAUAUCAAAUAUGGUUUUGUACAUAGCUGAUAUUUGUAAUGUUUUCUUCAGAGGCUUUGCUGGUUAUAGAGAUGUUUUUUUGCAUUUCUGUCAUUUAUCUUUUUUAUUUUUUUCUAACCCAAAAAAUCACACUAAUUCACCUUAAAACCUCUACUUUUUUGUGCCCUCUGUACCGUCUGAAUUUGAGCUGUUUUCUGGGCGCGUGUAGCCUGAGAAUGUCAGCCCCGUAAUUUUAAGACCAAAUAAAAUCCCAGUAUAAAUACGAGCACGCCGCGCUCCGUCGGUCGGCAGUUGGGGCGGAGACGGGUGUCGAAAGAACCGGGGGCGUCCCGCGUCCUGGCGGGUCGCAAUGCGAGAGGCGCUUCCACUGUCGAAGCACACCGACGUUUUUUGGUUUCCGAUAUCGCGAUUUUGUUUGGUCUUAGAGAGUUCGGACGAUGCAGUUGACUUCCGCUCCUUGUCUCGUCGGACGGGCGUUGUUGUUGUGGG